GACUGGUCCUUCACCCUGAGCCAAGUUUCUCGCCAUGUGCGCCUCUCUAUUGUGAGCGGGCAGCAGCUCCCUCUGCAGGGGGCCCGGUCGCUCUUCAAAAAGGACAUCCCGUACUGUGAGCUGCUCUCAUCAACAAGUUCCUGAGGAUCAGACCUCAAACUUCUGCCUGCUGAGUAUUUUGGUCUCAUCUCUGCUCACUGUUGUCCAGCUUUCAAUUUGUUUGAUACACCCAGAGGAUACUGCGAGUUUUUAAAGUUUAUCUGGCAAGAUGAGACUGACGUUUGUGACGCUGGCCAUCAAGGAGAACGCCUGUGCCUCUCUGUCUGGUGUCACUGUUGUUCUGUGUCUUCUCACCUUCCUCCUGAUGGCCAUCAAGGGCCGAAAGAGCCACAACCACUCCCGAUUGGACCUCACAAAAUAUCCCCCUCCUCCUGGCCCCACACCGUGGCCCCUUGUUGGGAAUCUGCUCCAGAUGGGGGACCAGAUUCAUCUUUCUCUAACCCGCUUGAGGCUCCAGUAUGGAGAUGUUUUCAAGAUGCGUCUGGGCUCUCUGACUGUUGUCGUCCUGAGUGGAUACAGCACCAUCAGACAGGCGCUGGUUCGGCAGGGAGAAGCUUUUGCCGGACGACCCGACCUAUUCACCUUUUCUGCCGUAGCCAACGGGACCAGUAUGACCUUCAGUGAAAAGUAUGGACCGGCGUGGAUACUCCAUAAGAAGCUGUGUAAGCAUGCCCUCAGGGCUUUCUCCCAGGCUGAGCCCAGAGGAUCUGGUGCCUCCUGCCUGCUGGAGGAGCAUGUCUGUGCCGAGGCAGCUGAGAUGGUGGAUGUGAUUCAGCAACAGGCUGCUGCUAAACGGGAAAUGGGCCAUGAUAAGACGGGUAUUGAUCCGGUGAUGCCCCUGGUAACCUCAGUGGCGAAUGUUGUCUGUGCCCUCUGUUUUGGGAAAAGGUACGACUACAACGACAAGGAGUUCCUCACUAUAGUUCACAUCAACAACGAGGUCCUGAGGAUCUUUGCGGCAGGAAACCUGGCUGAUUUCUUCCCUGUGUUCCGCUACUUUCCGAGUCCAUCUCUGAGGAAGAUGGUUCAGCACAUCCACAGGAUGAACGGAUUCAUGGAGCGGCGCAUCGAGGAACACAUCAACACCUUUGAUAAGAACUGUAUCCGGGACAUUACAGACGCGCUGAUUGCACUCUGUGAAGACAGAGAAGAAUUUAAGGAUUCGUCUGUGCUCUCCAACUCUCAGAUCAUUCACACUGUCAUAGACAUCUUCGGAGCAGGAUUUGACACCAUCAUUGCUGGUUUACAGUGGAGCCUGUUGUACCUGAUCAAGUAUCCCAACAUCCAGGACAGAAUACACCAGGAAAUAGACGACCACAUUGGCACAUCCAGACUGCCCAGGUUUUCAGAUAAACCCAAGAUGCCUUUCACGGAGGCGUUCCUAUAUGAAGUGUUUCGUCAUGCUUCAUACGUCCCUUUUACCAUUCCUCACUGUACCACGAGAAACAUCACUCUGAAUGGAUAUUUCAUUCCCAAAGAUACAUGUGUCUUCAUUAACCAGUAUCAAGUCAAUCAUGAUGUCGAUCUUUGGGGUGAUCCGGACGCAUUUCGCCCUGAACGCUUCCUGGGUUCCUCGGGACUCCUCAACAAGGAGCUGACGGAGAAGGUUCUCAUCUUCGGCAUGGGGAAGAGACGCUGUCUCGGGGAUGGAUUUGCACGUCUGGAGAUGUUUGUCUUUAUCACCACGCUGCUCCACGGGCUGCGGAUUGAAAACGUUCCAGAGCAGGAGCUGGAUCUCAGCUCCGAUUUUGGCCUGACUAUGAAACCGCGUCCGUACAGGAUUAACAUCUCCUCGAGGUUUUAGACCAAAUGAUUCUGUGUGGAUGUUUAAGCCACCAGAUUUGGCUAAAAGGGAAAUAUGUAUGUACAAAUAUGUUUCUAAAAUGAGCUAGAAAUAGCAUUAGAUAUGAACUAACUUCAUGUUUGUAUUAACACAACAAUAUUUAUGACAAUGGAGGGUCAUUGAAAGUGCUUCUGUGCCCGUACUUUGAAGGGGAAGAGUCCCUCCGCCUUCCUGUCCCACUACAUUAAAAAUGAAACUAGCUUGAAAACGUCCCCUCAUUAAAAGCCUUUAUCUUAAGUUAUUAGUUACAGUUAAACGCUGAGGGAGGGAGAGAGAGGGCUUUUCAGAUUGGUGAUCAACGCCUCAGGCCUCAAACUGUGUUCACGCAGGGUUCAUCCUCACUCUCGUCGGCCCUCUGUUCCUCCUCCUCACUUCAACUUCUCUCCUCCAACUCUCCUAUCUCCUCCUCAUCAGUUAGAUUCCUUUCAUCUCCUCCCCCCCUCAUGUCUCCGUCCUGUCCGUACCCCCCUUUCCCUUGCUUCUAAUCCUCUUUUAUCGUAGCUUCGAGGCAAACACUGUUGAGCUCAAAUCUCACCCAGUGGCUCUGUGAGGAAUGACGCAAACAUAUAUAUAUUAAGACAUGCAAGUUCGUCUUUUUGAACAUCCUCCCCCUCGCCUAUCAGUGCUGUGACCUCCCACACAGAUUAGAUACAGUCCUAGACAUCUUUGAGGGCGGUAAAGAGGACAGCAGAGUGUGAAAUUAAGGCAUUUCUCAUUUUAGAAGCUAAAUGUAAAGAAGCAUGGCCAUAUGCGUAUGGACAAAAGAGGAGUCAGGCAGAAUUACUUAUCCUUAAAUGAAAAGUGUGGAAGUUAUGUUCAUGACAGCAUUAUCUCUUUUAAACUUUUAUACAUGCGGGGAAAGUCUACUGAGGACUCGUGUCUUUUCCAGCAGAGUCCUACCUGUAAACUGCAUUUUACAGACACAUUAGCGUUGGCUAGUGAGAUGUUGCACUGAGAUGAAAGUGUCAAAUUAAAAAGCCU